AUGGCAUCCCGAAUGAUCACCUUUGCGCUCUUCUGCGCAGCCCUCGCCCUCACCGCCUCUGCCCAAUGUGGCAAGACCUGCCGAUUCCGCUUCUGCCGUCUCAGCGACAUGUCUCUCCGGGGCAAAGGCGCUCGCACCUUCCUCCGUGCUCCGUUCACUUCCCUCUCUGGUGUCAUCUGCCUGCCCGGUAGCAACGUCACCGACCUGCGCUCAGGCCAGGCCAUGGUUGCCCAAGGAAAGGACCCCAACAUGGUACCUAUCUCUCAGUUCUCUCCGGCAGGUCUUGACACCAGCUUCCCCAAGCGCUUCUUCAGGCUCUUCCCCCUCCAGUUCGUCCCUGAAGAACAGGGCAUGGGACGCCUCAGAACCAGGGGCAACCAGCAGGAGUUCUUGGAUGACUUGUGUGUCGUCCUCCCGAUCACGUCGUACGGCGAGUUUGAAAAGGAUGAAUCCAUCACUCGUGUUAGCGGUGGAGGCCGGAAGGAUUGUGUUUCCUUCAGGACCAGAAAUCCCAUGGUCUUGAUCGAGCUUUCCUGGGAUUCUGCCGAUGAUUUUGACCUGGAGGUCACUGAGCCGAACGGCACUGUGGUCAGCCGCGACGCCCCGGAUGCUGGUGUUGGAGAAUUAAACAAUGAUAACAACGUCGGCGCUUGUAACAUUAUGAUCCCCGCGGGUAAGGAAGCUGUUCUCUACAGACAAGAGGACGAACUCAUGUCUGGCGACUACACUGCCACCAUCAAGCACUUCAACAACUGCGGUGACGGACGCACGAGGUACCGACUUCGCGUCAUCGUUGACGGUGAAGUUGUCGUCUUCAGGACUGGGCUCAGCAAUGCACCGAAGGAUACCGUCGUGACAAGGGUGAACUUCUCGUUGUAGAGAUUUUAGGUUGAGGCCUGGGCAGCAAUACUGUAGUAGACGAUUUACUGGAUUAUAGUUCAAGGUGCCGUGCGGUAUUUGGCGUCCGUGUGUGAUGGUUAGAAUCGUGAAGCUCGAACUGCGUGUAGUUUUAAUGAGUGACACCACACGUAGAGACAAACUGCGUAUAGCUUUAUAAACUAUUUGUGCAGUCUCUCGUGUCGUUGAUGACGUCUGCGCCGUUAGGCUCGCUUGCUUUG